UUCUCAAAAAAUUUGUGUGUUAUAUUCAAGUGCUAGGUCGGAAACCCAUAAAUUUGCCAUUUACAUUAUUCGGAUAAGGAUGUACUUGGAUAUUUACUAAAUAUACAGUCAAAAUUUUACAAAAUCUGGCUCUGGAACAAUAAACUCACUUUUUCCACAAUAAAGUUACAUAACUUACGGCAUAGUAUCUGUUUUAAGCGAGUGCCAAUCAAUAUUUUUUUCGGAUUCCCAGUUAAGCCGUCAUGAUUCCCAACAAUUUUUACAAACUGAAGAACUUUGCCAAUCCGAAAACGAUGUUCAGAAACUACAUCGACAAGGAAGAAAAUCCUUCUUCUGUGGGUCUUCGUAAGGUAGAAGCUACUGUCGCCGCUGCUGCUGCAGUCCCUCAAUCCAAUGCUGCUUCGAAAAAUGACACCAAGAUGAUUACAACACCGGCAGAAUCUUCAAAAAAGGGAAAGAAGAUGAACAAGAAGGGUAAGAAGAAUCAGAAGCAGAAUCAGGAUCAGAAUCGGGAUCAGGAUCAGAAGAAUGUGCCUCGAACCCCCAGUGAGAUGAGCAAAAUCAGUGAAGGUCACACGGUUGCCAAGAAGAAUGAAAUUAAGAAUGAAAAUUCAGAGGACAAAAAUGAGGUCAAAGAAAGGGACGUAGUUCAGGACAAUGGCCAGGUGAAGAAAAGUGAGGUCCCGCAAGAGGAAAGUGUGCAAAAGAAAGUUACAGAGAAAAAGUUGAGCCCCGAGCAAAUGUUAUUAGAGAAAAAUAUCGAAAAGAAGUUGUCAGAGCAAAAGAAAAGCAUGCUAAAACCAAGUAGUACCCAUUACUCGAACCCAACAAUCGAAUCUAGUAGUCAUUCUCCAACCGUUCAGCCGACAAUUGAGAAGAACGAAUGUCAGAAUAUUGUUGAUGUUACUACUAAUACGACUCUCACAGAGACAGGAUCGCUGGAGAAGAUGAAGCCACUAGAGAGCGAUGUUAGCCAGUAUGAUGAUGAUGAUUAUCUGCCUGAAGAGAUGGAGGCCAAGGGACCGCAUCAUCCGUUGAACAACUGCUGGACACUGUGGUAUCUGGAGAACGAUCGCACCAAAAGCUGGGAGGAUAUGCUUCACAAGGUCACAAGCUUCGACACCGUCGAGAAUUUUUGGAGCCUGGUGACGCACAUCAAGACGCCAUCGGAACUGAAGCUGGGCAGCGACUAUUGUCUGUUCAAGAAGGGCAUUCGACCGAUGUGGGAGGAUGAGGCCAAUGUCCGUGGCGGUCGUUGGGUCAUCAGUGUGACCAAAACCGCCAAAAACGACCUGGACAACUUCUGGAUGGACACGAUGCUCUGUCUGAUCGGCGAGGCCUGCGAUAAUUCGGACGAACUGUGCGGUGCCGUGGUCAAUAUUCGCAGCAAGACCAACAAGAUUUCCAUUUGGACGGCCGACGGGGAAAAGGAAGCGGCUGUCCUCGAGAUUGGAAGCAAAUUGCGCGAGGGUCUGCACAUGGACAAGGCCUAUGUGAUGCAGUAUGAGCUCCACAAGGACAUCAAGGUCAAGCAGGGGUCAACCAUCAAGAACACAUAUAACCUAUAGCACCUCAAACCUCAAGCAUCAGGUCAAGUUUUAGUUAUUUUCAGUAAUUUUUUUUACCCAAGAACACUAAAUCACUAAACCUACUGUAAUUUCCCAAAACAUUCGGAACACAUUCGAUUAUCCGCCGCUAUACGUUGGCUAGAGAUGUCAGUUGGAUGGCAAAAUUGCAGUCAAGUCGUCUUCCUCGUGCACGUUGUACAUUUUAAUUGUAACCUUGUUCUUGUAAAGCGUUGAAAUAUAUGCAAAAAAAUUAGUUUCGAGCUA